CCUUAAAUGUGAGCAGAGCUGUAUGACUACUGUGUGCAUUUUUUAAUGUGCAAAUUAAUUGAAGCAGUUAGAUCUAUUUUCGGCUGACUGCAGCCCAUGCAGGAAAGGCAGGCUCGGGGUGCGGCGGUCCAGCUCAGGACGCGGUGCUGAGAGCAUCGGUACUUCAUUACACUAGCAGGCAAGCUGCGACACGGGAUGCCACGGAGCUCCGGGAACACCGCUGGUUAGUAGCUGAAGCGGUGGAAACCAGUUUCUGCUGUUCUGAUGGGUGGACACACAACAGAAAUCUUGAGGUUACUUAGCUGCUUGUCAGAUUCAUAUUCUCCAAGGCAUUAUGUUUUUGCAGACUCAGAUGAGAUGAGUGAAGCUAAAAUCUGUUCUUUUGAACAAAAAAAGGCUGAAACAUUCUCCAAUUCCCAGUUCACCCUUGAUCGCAUUCCCAGAAGCCGUGAGGUUAGACAGCCUUGGAUGUCCUCAGUAGGAACAACCCUGUACUCCAUACUUUACUCUUUUCCUUUGACCUACAGACUGAAACCAGAUUUGAUAUUGUGCAAUGGGCCAGGAACAUGUGUUCCUGUCUGUAUAUCUGCUCUCCUUCUUGGCCUUCUCAGAAUGAAGAGAGCAGUCAUUGUGUAUGUGGAGAGCAUCUGCCGUGUGGAAACUUUAUCCUUGUCUGGAAAGAUUCUUUACUACUUGUCAGAUUAUUUCAUCGUUCAGUGGCCUGAGCUAAAGGAAAAAUACCCCAGGUCGGUAUAUCUUGGUCGAGUAGUGUAACAACAGAGGACAGUGCUGCAAGCUCCUGACUGCAGAGGUGCAUUCGCCCAGUAAUUUAUUUCUGCUGACUUCUGUGAAGAAAUCAGGCUGGUUCUGGAAAUUGAGACAAUAAUAAAAACAUGCCCGCAUUGAAGUA